GCAGUCAUUCCUUGUCAACCGAAAGCCUCUAACACGACAUGACAUUAUGUUUAACUCCAAUUACAGUUCUUCCUAUAAAGCUUCUAAUAAAGCUUAUAUAGAGAAACUUCGAGAGGAAAAUUCCAUACACAGGACAUUGGAAACGAUAAAAUCGAAAAAACUUCAAAACGAAACUAAUAAGAGAAGACGAAUAGCUAGUGCUAAAGCUAGGGCUCAAGAAGAAGCUGAGGAGAAAAGGAGACAAGCAAUUUUAGCGCAGAGACGAGCGGAAUUAGAAGAAGCCACCGCCCGUUUUCAAAGAGGACAUAGAACAUAUAAGCUAUUGCAACAGCGUCGGCACUUUUCAACGGAUAGACUCUGUUCACCACCACUAUUAGAAGAUGCUCUAAGGGCUAUUGGUAGCAGUCCAAGAAAUCAAAAUAAUACGGAAACAACUAUCUCUCAAGUAAAAUUAGCGUCAAACAGCUUCCGCAAUACUAGAAACAGCAAAUCAUUGUUCGAGCAGCAAUUAGAAAAGCACCAACAAAUUUUGCAACAGCAACAGCAGGAACAGUUAGUUAAAUUCAAUUCUGCAAUUUGGAAAGAAAUAAAUGGCGAUUCGAAAGUCUGUGGAGUUGAAGAAAUUGAAAUCGAUAAUAAAGAAGAUCUGAAUUCGUCUAGCAGCAGCUUGACUAGUAUAGAUUCAUUAGAGCAACCAACGUCAUCUGUGGCUGUUAAACAUUCCUCUUUACUCAAUUCUACCAACGUUGCAGUGGUUACUCCUAAUAAUCAUACAACCCCGCCUCCUUCUCAGGACGGUGAUUGUUUGCAAUCAACUGAACAACAUUCACCAACUUACCAACAAGUGGUAAAAGAGCUUACUUUUACAACUAACAAUGUAGAAAUUAAGAAGGAAUCUCAGGUUGAGAGCAUGAAUGUUCAACAUAAGGAUAUUAAUAAUUCUCCAUUAACUGCUAUUCAUAAUUCUAAUAAGAUUACUACAGCUGAAUCGAUUGUUAAGGAUCGACCUCAGGAUAUUCAAGUACGUGUAGCGGAGGUAAAAAUGAAGCCUAAUACUGAAGUGGUUCACUUGAAACACGAAGAACAAAGUAAAAGUCCGCCGGAAACGUCUCAGAAUGGUAAAGCGGCUCAACAUGGACUUCAAUCCUAUCCUCCAAACAAGUACGGUGCGAGGCCGCUACCACAACCCCCACCCUGUUCAGAGCCUCCCAAUAACAGUCCUGUAGAAGAUAAGGAAGACGUUGAUUCGGUUGCGGAGGAAAUUUUUCCCGCAAAACGACGAGCCCAAUCGGCUACAGUCAGACGGCAAGCUAAAGAAGAUAUAACGGAACAACCCCUAAAGGGUAUCUUGAAGAAGAGGCCAGUUCAGAGUGCUCCUCUGGGAAAGCGGGGAAACACAAGAGGAUCAACUGUAAAAGAUAGUUUAGAGAUAAUUCGAGGCCGAGGAAUAGACAAUCUUGACUUAAAACAGAGUAAAAGAAAUGUACAUUUUGCAACUGUACUAUGCGAAGAAGCUGAAUUUAAUGAGCAUUUAUCAACAAUAACUCGAUUAACAUCAAAUUCUACUACAUCAGCUGAUAAAGAAAACAAUAAUGCUAAUUACGUAAGCAAUAAUAACAAAAAUUAUACUAAUAAUAGUUAUUCUAACAAUUAUAAUGACAAUAAUAACUCAAAGAUGGAGAAUAAUGGAUCUUGUAACGAUCAUAAUACUCAUCAAUACUCGAAAAUUCCUAAAUCUACAACGUCAUUAAAACCUAAACCCCCCCAGGGUCCGCCACCCGCCGCUACUAUACGGCGACGAAUAAUCUCUGCGAAUUCUACCAUUCCAACGUCCACUUCAACCUACCACGACGCUAAGCAUACAAAACCAAUUAGAGUGCAGAGCGCUCCCCCAAGAACAUCCGUUCAGGGACUUUAUAAAUCGAAUAAAUUGGAGAGAACUCCAACUGAUGAUGAAAUCAAUUGGCUUUGGGAUCGGGUAAGAACUUGCCUUCAACAAAAGCCCGAGGAAGCCCCGAAAGUAUCACAGAAGGUUGUUGACGGUAGUAGUUUAAUGAGAGCUGGAACUGUUCAAAGAAUAUCAAGUGCCAGGAACCCAUUACAAACCCAAUCGGCGAUAAAUCGAAGAAAAGUUAAUAUGGAAAUGCUAAGUGCCUAUUCCCGGAAGCAACCCGGCGGUAACAUAAUUGUUCAGGAAAGGCCCAACCAAUUUGCACCCAAGUGUAAUUCGAAUGUGUCGGAGAGUAUGGCUGGAUUUUUAGCAGCUGAAGCCCUAACAGAGCAACAGCAUUCGGUUACCGAAAGUCAAUUAGAAAAUGCCUUAGAACAGGCCAAAAGACAGCAAUUCGUCCAUAAUCAACAAAGAAGUGCAACUCCAACAUCACUUUCAGUUGAAGAGCAAAAACUUCGACAAUCACUCGAAAGAUUAGACGAAAAAUUAAAAAGUAAAUAUACAGUAUAUUACUUUUUCUCUGUCCUUAAUCAUUAUUUCUCCUCGCUUUUCAGAUUAUACAAAUGUUAUAGACGGUAGCGUUAAGAUUACCUCGUUUGCUCCAAGACAACAGCAAGUAUACGUAAGUACUAAACAAAUAUAGACAAAAUUCUAUACUUUCUAUGAAUGUUCAUACAUUUAUAUGCGAAUUCAGGCCAGGCAGAUCGCUUUCGAAUAAUAGUAUAAAAUAAUAAGAAAUGGUAAAAGAAAACGCAUUAUGAUAUGUUCACUAAAUUUUUUAAAUCAAUAAGAAAACUUUAUAAUUGAAAUUGAAUAUUAUAUCAAUACUUGAAUAUAUAUAUAUAUAUAUAUAUU